AUGGAAGAAAGUUUCAAAGGAGAUGACAGAACUUGCGAAUUCACAGAUAGGCUUUGGGCUGCUCUUGAAAGCGAUGAUUUCAAUACCUUUUGGGAUGACAAGAAGCUUGAACCAAUUCAUUCCAUCUUUCUUCCACCUCACUUUCUCAAAGCUAUUCAGCAAUCCAACAUUUCCAUUGUUGUCUUCUCCAAAAACUAUGCUUCUUCUAUAUGGUUCCUUCAGGAACUCUCUGAGAUUGCUGCACGUAUCCAUGAACCGCGACAUACAGUUUUUCCAAUUUUUUAUGAUGUAGAUCCAUCUGAUGUACAGAAUCAGAUUAAUUCUUUUGAAAAAGCUUUCGCUAAACAUGAACAAAUAUUCACAACAGAUUUAAGCACAGUCCACAAUUGGAGGUUAGCAAUGAAAGGAGUUGCCCAUCGGCCUGGUUGGUACACACCACACAACCCCUGGCAACAAACUAUUGAUGACAUUGUUAUAGAAGUGAACAAAAAAAUGCGAGAAUUAGUUCAUGAUGUUGUUGACAUGGUGGGGAUGCAAUCUCGAGCCAAAGAAGUAAUAAAGCUUUUAGAAUUGGGUGUGAAUAAUGGGGUUCAAGUUGUGGGCAUUUGUGGUAUGGUUGGGAUUGGGAAGACAACUCUUGCCAAAGUUGUGUAUGAUAGGAUCUCUCCCAUGUUUUAUGCUUCUCAUUUCAUAAACAAGGGAACUGAAUUUUGUAUGGGCAGUAGGCAACUACAGGGCAAGAAUAUUCUCCUAGUUCUUGAUGAUAUUGAUAUUUUCGAUCUUGAACCACUAAUUCAGACUAUAGAUGAUCACUGGUUAGGCAAAGGGAGUAGAAUCAUCAUAACAACCAGAGAUGAAGGAGUCUUGAAUAGUUUUAAGAUGCAUCAUAUUUAUAGGGUUAAACCAUUGACUAAGGAUGAAGCUCGUCAAUUACUCUGUAGAAAAGCUUUCAGAAGUGAUUUUCCUGUAAGGGCUUAUGAAGAGCAAAUAAAUGGCAUACUUGAAUAUGCUAAUGGCCUUCCAUUAGCAGUUGUAGAAUUUGCCUGCUUCUUACUAUAAGUACCUUUGUUGAAUUCAAAAAGGUUGUUAACUCUGUGAUGAUGAAUGCCCUCCGAAAAAGUUUCUUCGAACUGAGAUCUAAUUCUCAAGAAAUUUUUUUAGACAUUUCAUGUUUUUUCAUAGGGAAGGAAAUUGAAUAUGUAGAAAGAAUUUUAUGGUGUUUUAGAUCUAAGAAGGUGGAUAUACAAAUUUUGAUUGACAAAUCACUGAUGACUGUUAUAGAUCAAAAAAUACAAAUGCAUGGUCUAUGGCAAAAAAUGGGAAGAGAAAUUGUGCAGCAACAAUCCCCUUCUAGGCCUGAAAUGUGGAAUAGAUUGUGGAAUUUUGAUGAUAUUGAUCGUGUUAUGCAAAAUUACAAGGUUGUUCCCAAAGUUGAAGCUAUAGUCUUGGAUCUGGAAGAUUCACAAGGAAGGACAUUAAAUACUGAAGCUUUAUCACGCAUGAGCAAUCUUGAACUGCUCAUAUUUCGUAAUAUGAAAUUUACUGGAGUCCUAACAAAUCUUUCAUAUCGGCUCCGUUAUCUUUCAUGGCACCAAUAUCCUUUCACUUCUUUACCGUCAAGGUAUUGUCCAUGUAAUCUUAGGGAAUUGAAUUUGACUGAUACCUGCAUCACAAGUAUAUGGUAUCAAUGCGGACAAGGAAAGGCUUUCCGGAAUUUGAGAAACAUGAAUCUUAGUGGCUCCAAAGAUCUAACCAAGAUGCCAAAUUUCUAUGAAUUUCCAUUUCUUGAGAGGCUAGACUUUAAAGGAUGCAUUAAAUUAUCAUGGCUUGAUGCAUCCAUUGCUGAUUGUUUAGAGCUCAAGUUCUUAAAUUUGAGAAAUUGCAUUAA